AUGAACAAUCAAUUUAAUAAUAGUUCAACAAAUACUUCAAUUUCACCAAAUCAUCAUCAACAACAAUGUCAACAACAACAAUCACAACCACAAUCACAGCAACUCAAUUCCAAAUCUAAUUCUAACCCAUCCUUAUUACAAAAUUUACAAAAAGAAAAUCUGAAUAUAAAUCCAAAUUUAAAUCAAAAUAGAAUUAGAUCUGGUACUUUACCAUCUUCAUUUUUUUCAAAUGAUCAAUCAAAUUCAAAUAAUUUUAUAAAUUCUAUAAAUUAUAAUUAUAAUCGUAAUAAUUCUAUUAAUAUAAAUCAUCAUAAUCAUAAUAAUAAUCAUAAUCAUAAUCAUCUGGGAAGUAUUAAUUUACCAUCAUCAUCAUCUAGUAGUAGUAGUCCAAUUCAUUUUAUUGAUUCUUUAUCAAAUAUUAAUAAUAACAAUAACAAUGUUAAUAAUAAUGAUAAUUUAUUAAAUAUUCCAAAUAAUGAAAUUAAUAUUUCUUCAUCAUCACCAAUAAAUCAUAAUUUUAUAGAUAAUAAUUCAUUUCAUCAAUUAAAUAAUAAUAAUACUACCACUUUAUCUUCUUCACCAAAUAAAAGAGUUAGAUCUGGUUCUUUAUUUUCAAAUCAUUCUAUUUGGAAUGAUGAUAAUCAUUCUUUAUCAAAUAGUUAUCAUAGUCAUAAUUCAGAUUCAAAUGGAAAUGGUAAUACAAAUACAAAUACAAAUACAAAUAAUGGAAAUCAAUUUUCAAGUCCUUCAUUAGAUUCUACUUCUUUUCCAAUUCAAACUUCAUCAAGAAAUAGAUCAUAUACAACUAAUUCAACAAUACCUAAUUUAACAAUAAAUUCUUCAUCAAAUGAUCCAUUUAAUUGUAAUAAUAAUAAUAAUAUAUCUAUAAAAAAUUUAAAUAAUCAAAAAGUUUCAAAUUCUCCUUUUAAUUCUGUUUCAAAUAAAACUAAUGAUAUGAAUUUAUUAUUAGAUAAUUUUAUGUUAACUAAUAAUAAUAAUAAUAAUAAUUAUGAUAAUUAUAGUGGUAAUGGAGUUGCUCAACUACAGCCACAACAACUGCAACAACAACGUGCUCCAAGGAUAAGGUCUCAAACAUAUUCUGGUACUACUCCACCAACAGUUCAUGAACAACUUUUCAACAAUAACAUUCCAUCAUCAACUAUAAAACAAUUUCAUCAACCUCAAAAUUCAGUUCAACAACAAUUUUUACCAGUUUUUGAAUCAACAAAUGAUGAAUUAAAUAAUAAUAAUCAAGUAAAUUUAAUAGAUGAUUUUGAUUUUGGAACAUUAAUAAUAACAACAAAUUUUGAAAAUACAAAUCUUGGACCAACUAAAUAUUUAUUAAUUGAUAAUUUACCAUUAUUUAUAGAUUCAAAAAAAUUAUUUUCAAUUUUAAAUAAUAAUAAUUUAAAUAAUAAUAAUCAAAAUAAAUUUGGGAAUGUUAAAAGUAUUAAAAUUUCUAUAACUACAACUUCAAAAUUAGCAUUAAUUGAAUGUUUAAAUAUUGAAAUUGCAAUGAAUUUAAAAGCAAAUUUUAAUCAUUUAGAAAUUAUACCUAAUAUUAUUUUAUAUGUUGCUUUUGCAAAAAUUGAACCAGCUAAUAAAAAUCAAAUUAAUCAACAAGAACAACAAUCUCAAUCUCAACAACAUCAUUCAUCACAGUUCCCACAUCAAGAAUCCAACAAAACAGUUAAACCUCCUUCACAAUCUGAUGAAAUAAAUGAAUUUGAAACAACCACGAACAAAACAAAUUUAUCAUCAAUUCAAAUAUCUUUAAUGGAAUCAAUUAAAAAAUUAUCAACAACAAUAAAAGUUGAUUUAAAUAAAAUUCAAUCAAUUAUAAAUAAAUGUUUAACAUAUCCAAAUGAUCAAUAUCAAGAAGAUUUUGGACCAUUACCAGAACCUAUAUCAAUAAGACAAUUUGAUUCUCCAACAUUAAGAGAUUUAAGAAAAAUUUUAGAAAAUAAAGAAUUAGGUAUAACAAUAGAUAAUCAACAAAUUAAUAAUAAUAAUAAUGAAUUAUUAAAUAUUAAUUUAGAAGAAUUAUCAUUGGCAAUGUUAGAUGAAUUACCUGAAAUUUGUUAUGAUUAUUUAGGUAAUACAAUUAUACAAAAAUUAUUUACACUUAUAGAAAAUCCAUUAAUUAAAUUAAUAAUGGUUAAAGAAAUAACUCCAUUUUUAACUCAAUUAAGUAUUCAUAAAAAUGGUACAUGGGCAAUACAAAAAAUUAUAAAUUUAAGUAUAUUUAAUUAUCAACAAAUGUAUUUAAUUGGUGCAAGUUUAAAACCAUAUUCGGUAAAAUUAUUUAAUGAUCAAUUUGGUAAUUAUGUUUUACAAAAUUGUAUAAAAUUUGGUUCACCAUAUAAUGAUUUUAUAUUUGAAGUUAUAAUUGAUAAUUUUUUAGAUAUAAGUUUUGGUAGAUUUGGUUCAAGAUGUAUUAGAACUAUAUUAGAAACUUAUUAUGAUUUUUUAAAUCCAACAAAGCUGUUAAUUACAAAUGAACAAAUUUUAAUAAUUGUUGGAUUAAUUAUUGAAUUUUCAAAUGAAUUAAUUUUAAAUAAUAAUGGAAGUUUAUUAAUUACAUGGUAUUUAGAUAGUUUUAUUGAUUUUGAAAAUAAAAUUGAAUUAUUAAUUAAUAAAAUUUUACCAAACAUCAGGCAUUUAUGUGUUCAUAAAUUAUCAAAUUUAACAAUUUUAAAAUUAUUAAAUUUAAGAAUUGAUCAGAAUUUAAAACAGCAACUUAUAGAUUCAAUAUUUGGUAAUAUAGAAAAUUUAGAAUUUAUAUUACAAGAAAGUGAUAAUAAUUUAACAAAUUCUGGUCCAUUAUUUAUUUAUAAAAUUUUAAGUUAUCCAAAUUUAUCUGAUUUAGUUAGUUCAUAUUUACCUAUAAUAAAAAGAUUAUUAAUGGAAUUAAAUAUUAUAAAUUAUCAUAAUUAUAAAAAAUUAAUGGAUGAAGUUGGUUUAACAAGUAGUAGAAUUAAUAGAAAUUUAAGUGUUAAAAGAAAUAAUAAUAGAAGAAAUAAUAAUAAUCAUAAUCAUAAUAAUCAUAAUUCACAUCAAAAUGGAAAUAGAAAUGGUAAUCAUUAUAAUAAUACAAAUCAUAGUAAUAAUCAGGAUCAUAAUAAUUCAAAUCAAAAUUUUAAUCAAAAUCAACAACCUAUUCCAUAUAUACCAAAUUAUUCAAAUCAAAUUCAACAACAACCUUAUAUACCUUUACAACAAUCACAAAAUUUUAUUAAUCAACCUUCAAUGUAUAUGAAACAAUAUUAUGCUCAACAAGCUAUGCCACAACCAAAUAUACCUUUACAGCAACAACAAUAUCAAUACAAUAGUCCAGCUAUUAAUCCACAACAACCACAACAACCGCCACCACCACCACAGCAACAAUCAAUGUCACCACAAGAUUUAGCAGUUAUGCAACAAUUAGAACAAUUAUCAUUAAGUUCAGCAGCAUUAGGAUAUAAUUCAAAUCCAAGUACACCAUCAAUUCAAAGAAAUCUGUAUUUAUGA